CGUCAGAAUCGUGUUGUUCUUGUCUGAUAAGAUUCACAGAGCACUCCCGAGCACCAGUCUAACUACUUGGACGACAAAAUGUAUCUCAAAGAAACUCUGCUGGUUGCAGUUUUCAGUAUCGGCGUGACCGCUGUUAUUGGCGAGUGUGAUAUAGGCUGGGCUGAGUUUAAAGAAGAUUGCCUAUGGUUCAGUUCAUCUAGCGCCACGUGGGAUAAGGCUGAGGCCCAUUGUAGGGGUAUGGGGGCGUACUUAGCUACGGACGAUAACGAAGACAAACACGACUUUUUGGCUACCAUCCUGAACGUCCUUAGAGAUUACCAUGCCUAUGUGUGGUUCAUUGGAGGGACCGACUACACCUUUGAGGGACAGUACCGAUGGUUAGAGACCGGCCUACACGUAGGACCUUUCACAAGGUGGGCUCCCGGCCAGCCAAAUGGUACUAUGGGAGAGAACUGUAUUGGAUUGAGAUGGGAUGGUCGGGACUUAAUGUGGACAGACGAGCCUUGUCAACCCAUCCAUCUUCCUCACGGACAUCACGGACAUACUGUACCAGUCGGAAACUACAACUUUAUCUGUGAGAAACAUAACAACCAGACAACGUCUGCUGUGAUUGGCUGAAUGUAAUCUCGGAUACAAGAAGUAAAAACACGGUUGUAAAUAUAUAUAUCAAACAUCUGUUUCCUGGUUAAAUGGCAUUGAACACAAAACCGAAAUAAAACGUGUAUUAUAUUUA